CGAUAGUAGUUUAUCUAAAUACGGAACAAAGUGUGAAUUCUAAUUUGUUAUUCUAAUUAUUGUUAAUUGCUAUUAAAUGAGUUAAAAGUGUGUAGUGCGGCGGAAUGUUUCCGCUUACGCCUCCCGUUGUAAAAAGGCUUUUGGGGUGGAAAAAGGGUCCUGAAGGAUCUUCAUUGGCUGAAGAUAAGUGGUCCGAAAAGGCUGUAAAGAGUUUAGUCAAGAAAUUGAAGAGAAGUGGUGCACUGGAAGAGUUGGAGAAGGCGAUUUCGACGCAAAACAGUCAUACUAGAUGUGUUACUAUUCCCAGAGUGAAACCAAAUGAUAACGGUGUCAACGGGCAGUAUCGCAAGGGUUUGCCGCAUGUUGUUUACUGCAGGCUGUGGCGCUGGCCGCAGCUACUGAGUCAACACGAAUUAAAGCCUGUAGAUCACUGCGAGUACGCAUACCAACUGAAGAAGGACGAGGUCUGCAUCAACCCUUAUCAUUACCACAAAAUUGAUUCUCCAACUCUGCCACCGAUCCUAGUCCCGCGGUGCGGUGAGGGCGAAGUCCGGGCGCCGCCACCCUACGAAUACAUCGCACACCACGAGCACGAUCCUGAUCAUGUUCACAUUUCCAGUAUAAUGCAAAGCAUGAACUCGAUGGGCGGCGUGGGAGUGGGCGUAGGCGCGGGCGCACACUCGGCCUUGUAUCUCGAGGCCACCUUGGCGCAGCAUGUGCCCGGCAACACGACGGUGCACGUGAGCUCGUCAACGGUGGAGACUCCGCCCCCAGGCUACAUGAGCGAGGACGGGGAUCCGAUGGACCACAAUGACAACAUGAACCUUACGCGUCUCACCCCAUCACCUCCUGGCCUCACCACCGAAGCAGCUCCAGUACUCUACCACGAGCCAGCAUUCUGGUGCAGCAUCAGCUAUUACGAGCUGAACACACGUGUUGGAGAGACCUUCCAUGCUUCGCAGCCGUCAAUUACUGUUGAUGGGUUUACUGAUCCCAGUAACUCGGAAAGGUGAGAUAACUUUUGAUUGACU